CUUCAUCAACAGCUUCACCGGCUGAUAUCCGUGUCCGUCCUCCACGUGCGCACCGACAGCUCGGUCAGACCUGAAUCCGCUUACCGGGACGAUGACCGGGAAUCACUGGGGAUAUGGGAAAGAGGACGGUCCUACUGUGUGGCACAAAAACUACCCGGUUGCCCAGGGAGACCGUCAGUCUCCCAUUGACAUCGUCCCUCAACAGGCUUCACACGACUCCAGUCUGGGUCCCAUUCUCCUCAACUACGAUCUGUGUACCUCCAUCAACAUCGCCAACAACGGACACUCUGUUGUUGUGGAGUUUGAGGACUCGGAUGACCGUUCAGUGAUCCGGGGAGGCCCCCUUGACAACCCCUACAGGCUGAAACAGUUUCACUUCCACUGGGGCGGAAAGGGCUGCCAUGGCUCUGAGCACACUGUAGCAGGAAACAGCUAUGCUUCUGAGCUUCAUCUAGUUCACUGGAAUGCUGUCAAGUACAAGACGUUUGGGGAGGCUGCGACAGCUCCUGACGGCCUCGCUGUCCUCGGCAUCUUUUUAGAAACAGGUGACGACCACCGAUGGCUCCACGUGAUAACAGAUGCUCUGUUUACGGUGAAGUUUAAAGGCAGCGUCACAGAUUUCAAAGGUUUCAACCCUAAGUGCCUCCUGCCCAGCAGCCUCCACUACUGGACCUACCUAGGCUCUCUGACCACGCCCCCGCUGCACGAGAGCGUCAUCUGGAUCGUUGUGAAAGACCCAAUCGUAGUGUCUGAAAAACAGCUGGGCAAGUUCAGAACGCUUAUGUUCUCCGGAGAGGAAGAGGAUCAGAGAACGCGCAUGGAAAACAACUUCAGGACUCCCCAGCUUCUCAAAGGCAGGAAAGUGCGUUCCUCCAAUUAAUGUGACCCCCGAGAGAUCUGAAGUCGUAGACAACAACACAAGCUCUUUUAGACAGUGACAGUGAAUGCAUUAAUUUGAUUGUACUUUCUUUUUUACCUCAUGGUAGCUUGUCCUGAGGAUUUCUGAUUUACUUUGUACAGAAUAGUAAUCCUCAUCACUGCCAUGUGUCCCUCGACUGGUCAGAAGCUUCAGUGGCAGAGGAAGGAAUCAGGUUUUGAAUGAUUUAGGGAGAAAUUAAAGGGAUGUUAUGAAGCAAUAUAAUAUUAACUCUUUGCAAGGUUGUUAUUUGACUAAUAUGUGCUAUUAUUAUAACAAGCUAUAUAUUAAUGAAGAUUCAAAAAAAGAGAACAAGCUGUUGCUUGUAAGGUGCUAUUAUACAGUAUGUAAGUCUGUGUACCCGUGCAGUGUGUUUCUGGUAUCACAGCACUCUGCCGUCUGCAGAUUCGCGGCCUCCUGACUGAUCCCGAUUGAUCCCCGUUGAUCCAGCCUAUUGCUGAUGGAUUCCCAGUCCUUAUGGCCACAGAUCCCGUCCAGUCCCAACAAUCCCAGCCGAAGGUGGGAUUGGAUUAGCGCUAUGUUUGCUUUAACUGCUGUUUGGCCGUGACGUAUAUGGCAUGAAAGUCUCAGGUCCUUUUAGAGCUCAAGAGAUUAUUAUUUUUAGCAUGCUCUCCAGAUUGAACAAAAACUUGUGUUCACAGCUAUUUCUCAUUUGGGAUUUAUUAUUUAUAACUCCAGUUGCCGUAACAACAAGGAGCCAAUGAAUUAAAUAUUUCAAUCAAACUCUGAAUCUGCAUCCUGCCUGAAGUGCUGUAGUGUUUCUACUAUGCAGGAGGUGAUGCACGCUGUUAAGUCCAGUAUGGAAAUGCCUGACCGAGGCCCCGGUGUCUCACUUGGGAGAGUUAUGGCAGCUUUGUGUAACGCUGGUACUUAUUUAGAUGGACUUGGAUUUUACCAAUACGGAGGUAUGACGGGGAUGAGCUGAUUUUUGUUCCCAUACAUCAAAAUGCACACAUGAAUGGCACGUCAGUUAUGAUUGUUUUAUGUGAAAGAACAUUAAAAUUGUAAUUUAAGGGUGGUUUGAAUAUUUUUGUAAUGCAUUCAAAAAUCUUGUGAUGUUUUCUGAACAAAAUAAAAUUCAAUGUAACUUUUGUUUUACAGUGUUUUCUUAUAUAUUCUUAGAGUAAGAGUAAUAUUUACAUAUACAGAAACAAGAGUCUUUCUGUACUUGAUGAUUUGGGAUAAUCAAGCUUUUGCUUCUGCUCUAAACUAAGCACUGCACAU